AAAGCGCGUUCCUUUGCUUUUUGACUUUUUCGGCUUUCCGUCGACUAGGCCUGGGCGAGUUCCGCCCACCGGAGCUUUGGCUUAAAUAGGAAACCAGUCCGUCUGCCCGCAGGAGUCGGUGCGGAGGAAGCAAGAUGGCGUCCACGAGCCGCUUGGACGUUCUGCCUAGAGUGACAUGUCCAAACCACCCAGAUUCUACUUUAGUAGAAGAUUAUAGAGCUGGAGACAUGAUUUGUCCAGAAUGUGGACUCGUCGUAGGUGACAGAGUAAUAGAUGUGGGGUCAGAAUGGCGAACAUUCAGCAAUGACAAAGCAACUAAAGACCCGUCUCGAGUUGGAGAUACCCAGAAUCCUCUCCUUAGUGAUGGAGAUUUGACUACAAUGAUUGGCAAAGGGACAGGCGCGGCCAGCUUUGAUGAAUUUGGGAAUUCAAAGUAUCAAAAUCGUCGCACCAUGAGCAGUUUUGACCGUGCAAUGAUGAACGCCUUCAAGGAAAUCGCUAGCAUGGCUGACAGGAUCAACCUGCCCCGCAAUAUAGUGGAUCGAACAAAUAAUUUAUUUAAGCAAGUGUAUGAGCAGAAGAGCCUGAAGGGGAGAAGUAACGAUGCCAUUGCAUCAGCUUGUCUCUACAUUGCUUGCAGACAAGAGGGAGUUCCUAGGACAUUUAAAGAAAUAUGUGCUGUUUCCAGAAUUUCCAAAAAAGAAAUAGGCCGGUGUUUCAAACUCAUCUUGAAAGCUUUAGAAACAAGUGUGGAUUUGAUCACUACUGGAGAUUUCAUGUCCAGAUUUUGUUCAAACUUGGGCCUCCCUAAGCAAGUCCAGAUGGCCGCAACACACAUUGCGCGUAAAGCUGUGGAAUUAGAUUUAGUUCCUGGAAGGAGUCCUAUCUCGGUGGCAGCUGCUGCUAUUUAUAUGGCUUCCCAAGCCUCGGCUGAAAAGAGAACACAGAAAGAAAUUGGAGACAUUGCCGGUGUAGCUGAUGUUACAAUAAGACAGUCAUAUAGGCUGAUUUAUCCACGUGCUCCAGACCUUUUCCCAGCAGAUUUCAGAUUUGACACACCAGUGGACAAACUGCCUCAGCUGUGAAACUUCAAAGACCCUGCAAAAUAAUUUUUGACUUAGAAAAGCACUAAGCAUAUAAAAGCAGUCCUGUCAAGCCUUCAGUUGCAGGACUGGUGAAAAGAGAUGGAAAAGCUGAUUGGAUGAAGUGGAGCACACAUUCCAGAUGUAAACAAAAUAAUUUUGUGGCAUUUUUAUGUAUAUAUUAGUGAAUGUAAGUAUUUAACAACCAUUGCAGCAAAUUUAAUUUUCUAUUCUGUGUAUUUAGAUUUCUUUCAUAGAGAUCUGGUAAAACGUAUUUUGAAAAAUAUUUCAAAUCAGAAUAAACUGUUUUCCAAAAACAGUACUGACCUACAAGUUUUACUGUAUGUAACUUUGUUCUAAAUAAAUAUCCAAGUGGAAAAUGUAAUCUUUAACAUUUGUUCAGUUUUCCUAAUUAGAUGCCGUACAUGGAUUUUACAUUGUUUCUUGAUAACUCUUAGUUAAUUAUAAUGGGAAGUUUUAAUUCAGAGAAAAUAUAGUUCGUACGAUAAUAAAAAUACUUGCAGAAAAUUUUCUAUUCACCUUAGGAAAAGAUUUAACAAUGUCAAGUUUACACUCUGAUUCAUUCUAUUUAAAAUCCCAUAAAUCAAGAGCAUGUCUCUUCAUUACCUUGUGUGGCUACUUGAAAAAAGAAUUCAUAUUACGUUCCUGGUCUCUGUCAGAAGAGGGAGAUUUUUCUGUUGCUGAAUUUUGAAUAGAAAUGGGACAAUCAACCGUUUCUCUUUUCACACAGCCAGGACCAAUUUUUCAGUCAGUGAUGAUGAUAGUCUAGUUAAAAACAAGUGGACUAUUAACUAAGGCAUUGAAAGUAGUUGAGUAUGCUUUGAACCAUGGUUGAACAGGAAGGAAGCUGUUCUUCACCCUACAUGUUCAAAUGUUUGUCUCCAACUUGAUAUUCCAGCAGCUCCCUGCUGCCAUUAUUUUCUUUAGCAGAGCUGGUCAGUUUAACUACUGAAACACAGCUGAGAAGAAAACAGCAGUUGUGUGUGGUGUGUGUGUAGGGAGUUCCAUAGCCCCUCCAGGCCAUUGAGAUGGAACUGGGAAAAUGUAUACUUUGAUUUAAGCGUUAUGCAGCUUUUAGGUGAAUUAGAAAUCGAAUCUUUACAAAAUCAGGUUUAGUCCUUUUUUUUUGAGUGGGGAUGUCCACUUGCCGCUUCAACUGCUAUAACAACACGGCAGAGCUCAUGAUAAUUUUUUAAAAAUUAAUUUUAAGUCUGCACAGUACAAAGCUUUACAAUGUAUAUUAAAAAUAAAAUUAAUCCUGGAGGCUCAUA